AUGGAUCAAUGGUUAAAUGCUUGUGUUGCUACAGAACGAGCAGUAACAAUAAUAAAAGCUACUCAUUUUCAUAAGGAAACAAGUAAAAAACUAGCAAAAAUAGUUAUUGUUAUUCUUGUGAUUUUCACUAUUGGUACUUCUAUAACUGAUCUUCUUUAUCGACGUUUAAUUCAUGAAGACAAUGAAGAUUAUAGACGUAUAUGGUUUAUUGUUAGUUAUCCAUCUAGUUUAAAAAUAUUCAAUUCUAUUAUGCAUACUUUUCAUUUCAUGACUCCAUGUAUCAUUAAUCUGAUGUCAGCUAUUAUUCUUAUAACAAAAAAAUCUCGUCAACGAUCAAAUCUUCAAAUUAAUCGAAAUUUUAAAGAAAUUUUAAAAGAACAAAUCCUACAACAUAAAAAUUUAUUGACUGCUCCCGUUCUAUUAGUUAUUCUUGCAUUACCGCGUUUAAUUCUUUCAUUUGUAUCAAGAUGUAUGGAAUCAACAAAUGAUGCAUGGUUAUUUCUUAUUGGAUAUUUUAUUUCAUUUACUCCACCUAUGCUUACUUUUGUUGUAUUUAUAUUACCAUCAAAGUUUUACAAACAACAACUACAUAAAUUUCUCGCUGCUUAUCGAAUUAAUAUCCAAAGACUUGAAGAUGAAAAUUGGUGUGAAUAUAAAGAUUUUCAUAUACAAUAUGUCAGAAAGAAUGUUUCGUUUCAAACUAUUUGUGAUGAAUUUACUGAACUGAUUUCGAUAAUUAUCGAAGGACAAAAUGAAACAGAUGAAACAGAAUGUGAACACUGGCCGUGUAAUAAAAUCUAUACUCGUUGUGAUAGUUUAUGGAAUUGUCCACAUGGUGAAGAUGAAGUUGGUUGUGAUUUAUCUUCAACAUUAAAUUGUUCUUCAGAUCAUCACAGAUGUGUUUCACGUCAUAUGAAUGAAUUUAUUUGUCUUCCUGUUAAGCAAGCAAAUGAUGUCAAGAAAAGUAUCGUGCAGAAUUUUUGUAUAAUUUUUACUGCAUAA